CCAAAGCGAACGCAGCCAUUAUUGAUCAUAAAACUUUCCGAAUUAUGCCAAUGUGAAAUUUUUCACGUAAAACUUCCUUUUUUUACGUUGCCGCUCUUGAGAAAAAAUUAUGUAAUUAUUCAGCUUAACCGUGUGUGUGGUAAUUUUAUAAAAAUGGUAUUUGGGAAAUGUUACAGUGAUGGCAAGACUGUUCCUAGAACACUGUGCGGCUAAUAUCACGCUGAAUCGAUCAUUUCGGCCAAGGUGAAAUCCGACUACUUCAAUCCAUACGAGAAAACAGCAAGUGAUUGAUAAUUACGAGUUUCGCAACACUGCUGUACAUAAAUUUCACGCAACGUACGCAACACAUUCAGCAGAGACCGUAUUAAAACAUCGAUCGACGCCGCGGGAGUGUUAAGAAGUACGCGGGAAUGCUUCUCUUACCGUCGCACAAGUCGCGUUUUCGUUGAUGGUUUUGAGUAUGCUUUAGCGGAUUAAAAUGAUUAGGAUAUGUUCCUCCAGGCAAUAGGUUAAAUACACAGCUGAAUAAGGAUUCCUCUUUUACACUUGCUCCCUCUCUCUCUCUUUUUCUCCCUUUCUAUCUUUCUCCCUCUUUCUUCCUAUUCCCCUUCUUCCCGCUCUUGCAGAGUUGUUGAUGAAGAUGAGUGGUGAAAUGUUUGAGGGGAAAGAUUAUCCAACUCAGUGGGCUCUUAAUCCCUCUACUUAUCAAAACAUGAGUAACGAUCAAGGUAAUCUGUGGACUGGGCAGCACUAGCUCAACAAUGGAUAAAAAUGAAAGAGACGAUUGUACCUCCAGCACCACCGCCACCUACUAUAAAUACUAUUUGUCCAGGAAAUGAUGGAAGUGGUGAGGCUCCUAUGGAUAUGGACACUAAAGACGAUGAUGUACCUCCUGCACCACCUGCUCCAAACAUCAGUGGAUCAGAAGCCUGGAGCCAAUGGAAUCAGUGGGAUAACUGGAACAGCUCAACAUCUGGCACAGGAAGCUGGGAAUGGAGCGGUGUGCCUCCUCCUGGUGUCACAGGUCCUGAUGGGAAACCAAUUGGACUUCCAACUGUACCAGUUAUACCACCAGCUCCGACAAUAUCUACAACUACUGAUUUUAAUACACCUCCACCUGCACCUUCAAUGUACUCAUAUAAUUCAGUAUCUCCUGCACAAUCAUAUAAUCAGGUUACUAAUUAUUGGUCUGGAGAGUCGCCUAAUACAGUACCACCACAACCACCUGGUUUCAUGAAGGGUAUAAGGCACAUGAACAGAGCAUCUCACAUGAGAGGGAUAGAUCCAGCUCGAUGUCGAGAUGACAGAGAAAAGACACCAGAGGAAGACACCACUACAACUAUAGACGCCGCAAAACGGCGACAGCUACCGGCAUGGCUCCGAGAAGGGUUAGAGAAAAUGGAAAAAGAAAAGCAGAAAGCUGUAGAAAGGGAAAGACUAGAGGUUUUAAGGAAACAAGAGUUGGAGGCUCGUAAGCAGGCUGAAGAUGAAGCGCGUGCGGUGCUUAAUCCCAGCAAAAGCAAAUUCGAUUCGGACUCUGAGAAGGAAACUGAACAGGAUUUUGAAACGGGUAGUGUACGUGGACAGCAAGCCGCGGAAAAAAACUACGAUCGCACUCCUGACAUUGUGCUUCGACCACGGAAGUCACGAUUCAGAGAUGCGGACUCACCCGAAUCUCACGCGGUUGCCGACGAGAGUCCAACAGUUGCAGUUAGCACACCUCCUGUCAUAUCGAAGCGUUCUCGGGAGGAGAUUAUGCAGGACAUAAUGUUGAUGGUACGUAGAUCGCUGACAGAGAUACUAUUGGAAGUGACGAACGAAGAGAUCGGCUCGGUAUGCAGAGAAGUUUGGAGCCACGCACGUACCAAAGUCCCCGCAGGAGAGAACCCCGUCGCAUCCCUCAACAACAUGGCCCCUCUUGCUCAGAUCACUCGCAAGCUCGGUCUGGGCAUCUACGGCGACAGUAACAGCGAGUCCGAGGAGGAGCAGAGUGAGCACGCGCAGGUUCAGAACGACGACAGCGACGAGGAACUAAUGGAAACUGUAAGACGGCGUCAGCAGGCGUUCCGCAAGACUGAGGAGGAGAUCGAGGCGCGGCUCGCCGAGGAGGAUGAACGGGAAGAGCAGCGUUACGAGGAGCAGUAUAAUAAGCAACAGGAAAAUCAUACCGGUAAUACUAGCUGCAGAGAGUCAGUUGAUGAAAAAGAAACCAUAAAUAAUCAGAGAGAAGCAUCCGAAACUUUGUCGAGUGAUGGCCAAAGUCCACAAGCGAUGACAGCGACAGCGGCAGCGGCGACGCAGAAUAAUGCGCCGGCCGACAACGUGAUGAAAGCUAACAGCACUGUCUCGGGAUCGGCCGAUUCCGAGUCGAGUAGCUCCGACUCCACGAGCAGCUCUGAGUCGAGUAGUCGCGAGUCCGCCAAGAAGACCAACAAUAAACGCUCGGCUAAGCAACAACAGCAGCAGCAACAGCAGCAGCAACGGCAGCAAUCACGUGAGCGGGACCAUCGACGACGAAAGUCCAGGAGCAGAAGCAAGAGCAAGUCGCGGAACGAGUCCUCUAGAAGGUCUAGAUCACGCUCGUCUGAAGGUCGUUCCCGCAAGCGAAGAUCACGCUCGAGAUCGGCGGUCAAGUCGCGCAAGAAUUACCGCUCACGAUCCUCCAGCAAUCACAGGUCCAGUGGCGACGGCGUCGGCGAUAGGAAGCAUCGGUCGCGAUCGCGCAAUCGCAAGCGUGCCAAGUCGCGCUCGCGCUCCCGCAGCCGGCGCUCCAGAUCGGCGUCCACCACCACCGCCAGCAGAAAAUGGUCGUCGCGCUCUCGUUCUCGUGGCAAAAGGAAAUCCCGUUCGCGGUCCAGGGAUAGAGACAGACGGCGAAGUCGGUCUCGCAGCAAGUCGCACACGAAGCGAAGAAGAACGACCGCGGCAUCUCGUUCAAGAUCGCGCGGCGGCGGUCGCGAGAGGUCGCGCAGCCGCUCGAGGGGUUCGCGCAGACGGUCGAGGUCUUAUGUUUCCAGGAGCCGGCGACGGAGCCGAUCGAGGUCGCGGGAUCGCAGUAGAAAAUCGCGAUCCAAGUCGGGCCAUCGCGAUGGUAAGAAGUCGUCACAUCGGUACAGGAAUUGAGUCUGAUCCUCACUUCGAGCCAAGGUUGUAUGUACAUUCAUUCUGAUAGCCUUUUAACCAGUUUCGUAAGAACAGUAUAUAAGCUCGCCGCUUGUACAUAGUGAUGGAAGAUGUGUGUUUUCCUCUUUCUUUUUUCUUUUUUACAUUUUUUUUUAGACAAGGAAGGGAACUUCGAAGAUAUAUUUUGUUCACUCCAGAUAUAUUUUUUGCAGGAAUAUCACUGUAUUUUUCUAUUUUCUUUCUUUUUUUUCUCUUUUAAUUUUACAAGUAUGACAGAGGUGAUAUUAGUAAUAGAAGUACUUAUGUACUUUAUACAUAAACGAAAUUGGGAUUUCCAGAAUGCGAUCAGUUAUUUCAGAUUAUUUAACUUAGAUUAUUUAGUCGAAAGUCAAUAACUAUGGUACUCAUACAAAUUGUUUUAUAUUCAUAGUUUUUUAUAAUUUUUUUUAUUUUGUCAUAUUAUAUAUUUAUUUUCUUAUAUUUACUAAAAAUAUAAAUAAUUAAAAAGACAAUGGAUGUCUUACAUUUUUAUUUCUCUUUUUACGUAUCUUGGUUUGGUAGAAUUCAUGCUUUGCGCGUUAUUAGAAAAAUAUAUAUAAAAUACAUGACAAUUUGUUAUUACAAAAUGGAUAACUCUGACAAAUAGUGAAGUCUGCUCAAUAGUUUUCGAGGAUUUAGCGAUAGCAACUUAAACACCUACAAAUAAAAGUUUACUCAACUACAUUUAAGUUGCACUAUGAAAAGUGUGAUAGGUGCAUUAUGAUUUAGCUGUAAGAGGUGAGAGCAGCAUAAUGCGACAUCAAGAUUAGAUUCGUUAGGAUACAUUUAUAAAAAAUUGGCUGUCAUUAGUUUUAUAUCGUCAUCUGUAAUGUCAGCGUAACAGACUGAAACAAACCAAGGCAAUAAGAUAUAAGAUAUAAAGUUUCUGCUAAUUCUUUUCUUUUUGCACUAAUUUUCCAUGGAGGAAUUCCUGGAAAAUAGUUGAAGAAAAUUGAAGUAGAUAUAAAGUCGUUGAGUUUGUAUACCAUGUACACACGAAUCCUUAUGUUUGUUCGCCAAAUUGAAUCAUACAUUUAACAUAAGGAUUUUUUAUCGAAUACAUUUUAUAGAUAUAUAUACAUAUGUAUAUGUGUGUGUGUGUGUGUGUGUUAUAUUUAAUUUAACAUAUAUACAUACAAAACUUAUCAAGAUAUUACCAGUGAUAAUUUUUUAUCAAUUGAACGAUGCAUUCUUAAGAAAAUUUCUAUUUCUAAUCUGUUUUUGCCACUUUUUCGGUAUUGAGAUAUCAAAUUCUUAUCGAAUCUUUGUUUGUUUCAACUAACUCCGUUUAUUGAUAAUAGAUUUAUCGAAACAUAAUAUGGCAGCUAAUCGGUUCUUCCCUUCCUUUUUCUUUUUGAAUAUUAUGUCUAACGGCGUUCAUAAUUGAUCCAAGUCCAAGUCUACAGUUGACUCGUGCAAUUCAUGUGAUAAGACAAUGUAAUACAUGAAUGACGUAUUUUAUAGUAACAUUGCGCCGAUACCUGAAAUACUUUGGAAAUGUAAAUCACAGAAUGAAAAAAAUUUUAAAAUAGCAUAGUUUGAACGUCUAGCUGUUUUUUCGCCAGAAGACUUUGAAUAGGCCAUUUGUAAAAAAAAAAUUGUAAAUAACGAACGACCGUUCAUUUUCCUUACCUUGUCUGUAAAGUCUGGUAAAUUAAAGCAAGCACGAGAAUAAGCCUUAAUCUUCCAACCAAGUUUUAGAUAUCAGAGUUAUAGACUCACAGAUAGAAAUAAGUUUUGUACAGUAAACUACGCGACAAACUCAGACUAUCACCCAAUUUAAUUUAUCAUAUUUUAAUAUAAUUAUAUAUAUAUAUAUAUAAAUAUAUAUUUACAAGUAAGCGUUAUGUAAUUAUAUUGUACUAACAUAUUGAACUCAGAAAGCAGUGAAUAGGGUGUAUGAAUUUGUAUUCAAUCGACAAACAAAUCAAUUUGUACUUCUAACACAAACGACUUAAGAAUCGAAAAAGUAAAUUCGGAUUUUGCUAAGAGGAAAAGAAAAGAACAAUGUUAAAAAAAAAGAAUAUUCUGCCGAGAUCACUGAUCGAUGAUCAUGUAGAUUGACUGUGCUACGAGCGCCUGUAUUUCAACCAGGAGUCCUAGAAAUCUUAUUUUGUUUCAGCAUCUUCCACUGGCUUCCACUCGGCUUCAACGAUUUCACUAUGAUUCAGUUCGUCAACGUAUCAGCGCAAUGUGUAUACAGUUACAUAUUUUGAAUAUAUCACAUUCAAUCUUCUUAAAUAGUGUAUAAAACUGCAUGGUACAAUAAAUAAUGAUACACAUAA